GGCGGCGGUUGCCUGGGCGACGCAAGCUUCAAAGAACCGCUCGUCCUGGCGAUUGGCGACUGAGAACGAGUUUCCAGUUGCGGGCCUAGACGGCUGGGGUUGUCAUCUCCGGCCUCCCAGGAUGUUCUUUUACCUGAGCAAGAAAGUUGCCAUUCCUAAUAACGUGAACCUGAAAUGUGUAUCUUGGAACAAGGACCAAGGAUUCAUAGCAUGUGGUGGUGAAGAUGGAUUACUGAAAGUUUUGAAAUUAGAGACACAGACAGAUGAUGCAAAAUUGAGGGGUCUUGCAGCCCCCAGUAAUCUUUCAAUGAAUCAAAAUCUUGAAGGCCAUAGUGGUUCUGUUCAAGUUGUAACAUGGAAUGAACAAUAUCAGAAGUUGACUACGAGUGAUCAAAAUGGGCUUAUCAUUGUUUGGAUGUUAUAUAAAGGCUCUUGGUAUGAGGAGAUGAUCAACAACAGGAACAAAUCCGUGGUUCGAAGCAUGAGCUGGAACGCUGACGGACAGAAGAUCUGCAUCGUGUACGAGGACGGAGCUGUGAUCGUUGGCUCGGUGGAUGGGAAUCGCAUUUGGGGAAAAGAUCUGAAGGGUAUACAGUUAUGCCAUGUAGCAUGGUCUGCAGAUAGUAAAAUCUUACUUUUUGGAAUGGCAAAUGGGGAAAUACACAUUUAUGAUAAUCAAGGGAAUUUUGUAAUGAAAAUGAAACUGAAUUGUUUGGUGAAUGUCACUGGCGCGAUCAGUAUUGCUGGGAUUCACUGGUACCACGGCACUGAAGGCUACGUGGAGCCAGACUGCCCCUGCCUUGCUGUUUGUUUUGACAAUGGGAGGUGCCAGAUAAUGAGACAUGAGAAUGACCAAAAUCCUGUUUUAAUUGAUACUGGCAUGUAUGUCGUAAGUAUCCAGUGGAACCACAUUGGCAGCGUGUUAGCUGUGGGAGGCUCCCAGAAGGCUGUCACUCAGGAUAAAGAUAUAAACACUGUGCAGUUUUACACUCCAUUUGGCGAGCAUCUGGGUACUUUGAAGGUUCCUGGAAAGCAGAUGUCUGCACUGUCUUGGGAAGGAGGUGGACUGAAAAUUGCACUAGCUGUUGAUUCUUUUAUAUAUUUUGCAAAUAUUCGACCUGAUUAUAAGUGGGGUUAUUGCUCAAAUACUGUAGUUUAUGCUUAUACCAGAUCUGAUCGUCCAGAGUACUGUGUUGUAUUUUGGGAUACGAAAAACAAUGAGAAAUACGUUAAAUAUGUGAAGAGUCUCAUUUCUAUUACUACCUGUGGCGAUUUCUGCAUUCUGGCUACAAAAGCUGAUGAAAAUCAUCCUCAGGAGGAAAAUGAGAUGGACACAUUUGGUGCAACGUUUGUGCUAGUUCUUUGUAAUUCUAUUGGCACACCCUUGGAUCCCAAAUACAUUGAUAUUGUACCAUUAUUUGUUGCAAUGAACAAAACUCAUGUGAUAGCAGCUUCAAAAGAAGCAUUUUAUACCUGGCAAUAUCGUGUGGCAAAGAAGCUUACCGCGUUGGAAAUUAAUCAGAUCACACGGUCUCGAAAAGAAGGGAGAGAAAGAAUUUAUCAUGUUGAUGAUACUCCUUCUGGAUCAGUGGAUGGGGUGCUUGAUUAUAGUAAAGCUAUUCAAGGCACAAGGGAUCCAAUUUGUGCCAUAACUGCAUCUGAUAAGACAUUGAUUGUGGGUCGUGAAUCUGGCACCAUUCAGAGAUACAGCCUCCCUAAUGUUGGUUUGAUUCAAAAAUAUUCCCUUAAUUGUCGAGCCUGCCAGUUAUCCCUGAAUUGCAACUCCAGUCGUCUUGCUAUCAUAGACAUCUCAGGAGUUCUAACUUUCUUCGACUUGGAUGCUCGCGUCACAGACAGCACAGGACAGCAAGUUAUUGGCGAGUUGUUAAAACUGGAGCGAAAAGAUGUCUGGGAUAUGAAGUGGGCUAAAGAUAAUCCUGAUUUGUUUGCAAUGAUGGAGAAGACAAGAAUGUACGUUUUCAGAAACUUGGAUCCUGAGGAACCCAUUCAGACUUCUGGAUAUAUUUGUAACUUUGAGGAUUUAGAAAUUAAAUCUGUUCUUUUGGAUGAGAUACUAAAGAGUCCAGAACAUCCAAACAAGGAUUGUAUGAUUAACUUUGAGAUCCGGUCCCUGCGAGAUAGUCGAGCAUUGAUUGAGAAAGUUGGAAUUGAAGAUGCAUCUCAAUUCAUAGAGGACAAUCCACACCCCCGACUUUGGCGCCUACUGGCUGAAGCAGCUCUUCAGAAACUGGAUUUGCACACUGCAGAGCAAGCAUUUGUGCGCUGCAAAGACUACCAAGGCAUUAAGUUUGUGAAGUGCCUGGGCAACCUGCAGAGUGAGUCCAUGAAGCAGGCGGAAGUGGCUGCCUACUUUGGCAGGUUCGAAGAGGCUGAAAGAAUGUAUCUUGAUAUGGACAGACGAGAUCUUGCAAUUGGCCUCCGGCAGAAACUGGGAGAUUGGUUUAGAGUACUGCAGCUCCUGAAGACUGGGUCUGGUGAUGCAGAUGACAGUCUUCUUGAGCAAGCCCACAAUGCCGUCGGAGACUACUUUGCUGAUCGACAAAAGUGGCUGAAUGCUGUACAAUAUUAUGUACAAGGCCGAAACCAGGAACGCUUAGCUGAAUGUUAUUAUAUGUUAGAAGAUUUUGAGGGGUUGGAGAAUCUUGCCAGUUCGCUUCCGGAAAACCACAAGUUGCUUCCAGAAAUAGCACAAAUGUUUGUGAGAGUUGGAAUGUGUGAACAAGCAGUGACUGCAUUUUUGAAAUGUAAUCAACCAAAGGCAGCCGUAGAUACCUGUGUGCAUCUCAACCAAUGGAACAAAGCUGUUGAAUUGGCUAAAAAUCAUAGUAUGAAAGAAAUUGGAUCCCUGUUAGCGAGGUAUGCAUCUCAUUUAUUGGAAAAGAAUAAAACUCUUGAUGCCAUAGAACUCUAUCGGAAAGCCAAUUACUUUUAUGAUGCUGCUAAACUGAUGUUUAAGAUUGCAGACGAAGAGGCAAAGAAAAGAACUAAACCUUUACGUGUUAAGAAGCUCUAUGUACUAUCAGCUUUACUUAUAGAGAAGUACCAUGAACAAAUGAAAAAUGCCCAACGAGGAAAAGUUAAAGGAAAGAGUUCGGAGGCCACUUCUGCUUUGGCCGGUUUGCUGGAAGAAGAAGUUGUGUCUACAACUAGUCGUUUCACAGAUAACGCUUGGAGAGGGGCCGAGGCUUACCACUUCUUUAUACUCGCACAGAGGCAGCUCUAUGAGGGAUAUGUUGACACUGCAUUGAAGACAGCUCUUCACCUGAGAGAUUAUGAAGACAUUAUCCCUGCCGUUGAGAUCUACUCUCUGUUAGCUCUCUGUGCAUGUGCCAGUAGAGCUUUCGGUACUUGUUCAAAAGCUUUUAUUAAACUGGAAUCUUUAGAGAACCUCAGUUCAGAACAGAAACAGCAGUAUGAAGAUCUUGCUCUACAAAUCUUCACCAAACAUGUUCCAAAAGAUAACAGAAAAUCGGAAUUGGACAGCCUUCUUGAAGGAGGGGAAGGGAAACUGCCAACAUGUGUUGCCACAGGAAGCCCAAUCACUGAGUAUCAGUUCUGGAUGUGCAGUGUAUGCAAACACUGUGUUCUGGCUCAGGAAAUCAGUAACUACAACUUCUGUCCCUUAUGCCAUAGUUCAGUGAGAUAAAGAAAUGACAAAUUGUAUGUAACUAUAAAAUAUAUAUAUAUAUAUAUAUAUAUAUAUAUAUAUAAAACUAUAACUGUACAUAAUAAGGUUGACUUCCAUGUUUUAUAUGAAACUCAGCAUCAUUAUUUCAUAGUUGUAUUUUUACACAAUUUUGUGUAAAAAUUUUAUGUAAAAUUACAACUAUGAAAUGAUGCUGAUUUUCAUAUAAAAUGCAUGAAAGAAACAUUUCCUAUCUGUCUAUCAUCUAUCUAUCUAUCUUGUAGUUGGUUACAUAAUACUAUGGAAAUAUUUCAAAAAGAAUUUUUUCUUACAGUGUCAAGGUUACUAUUAAUAAUUUACUAAAAAAUCUUGGCAGAGGGCUAGGGGAAACAUGGGAGUGAAGUAAAGUUGUAUUAGGAGCUGAAUUGUAAUACUGAAAUAUGCCCUAUCACUAGCUGUAUUUAAUUAAAUAAGUAUUGAAUGUCUUCUAUAUUAUAUUUUCAGAAGUAAGAAGGAAUUUUGAGACAUUUUUUAUAAUUUGAAUUGUUUCUAAUAGGCUUAUUUUUUUUGUACCUUUUCCUUUUUUAUCUACCAUUUUAGUCUCAUCUAAGAGAUGGCAUUUGGCAUUUACUCUACAUAUUAUUGUGCAGAAAACUUGGCUCUAUUUAUAAUGAUAUAAAUUUAUACAAAAAAAUCCAUUUGUAGUUAUAGUUUCAGUUGAAACAUUGUUUCCAGCUGGACCCUUCUCUCAGGCAGUAGGGAGUGAUUCUUUGUUGAUAUGUGUCUGUUUUGAGUUAUUAUAAUUAAAAAAAAACUGUAAUCAGUAAUGUGUAAUUUCUUCCAUUUGUUUCUCAUGAACUUAUGUGCUGUACACCAGAUUCUAGUGCUAUUUCAUCAAGAUUAUUUGCUCAUGUUUAGUAGAGGCAAUAAAUAGAAAUAUGAACAUUGUUAUUGCAGCUGCAAUACUUAGGUCAGUUAACUCUCUCAAUGUCCUAUGUUUUUGGUCCUUUAGAGACAAGUUAAGUCUGUUGCUGAUUGAGAUAGUGAGCUAUGAGAAGAGAUUUAGAGCCUAGAUGAGUUUACAAUAGAUAGCAGGCUCAUGUGCCUAAAUAAAAUGAGAAGACCAGAAGUCUUAGAAGUCUCUGUCUGUAUUCAUUUGCCUUGUGGGAAGUUACCUUAAUACAAUAGUUGUCUCUGAAUACACCAGCAAGCAAGUUAUUCCAGAGGUCAUGGAACAGAAAGGGUUAAAACCCAAAUGCGGAUUCUCAAAUUGCAUGGUUUAUUGAAUCAGUUUGAAAUACACAAUGAGGAACAAAGAGAAAGAGAUGGGCUAGAUGAACAUUAUUCGGGUAGGGUGCCGGUGGGGUAGAAAGCUUAUGGUACCUGAAUCCUGACGUAUGUACUGUUCUUAUGUCCUGACGCUAUUCUGCUUCAUCACUCCCCUGAUAAUGUGGUUAUGAAAGGACCAGAGUUGAGGUUUGAGCCAGGGUUCGCAGUGAUGGAAUGUGCUUGAGGCCAGAGAUGCACACUUGCUGUGUAGAAGAGGCCCUGGGGCAAGUUUACCUGGUCACAGCUGUAGGUUGCUACUUAGCCUGCUGAGCAGUCAUGGAUUCAACUGUAUUUCUUGGGUGGAGGACUGGCAAGAGUAAAUUCCACCAAUGGGUAACUGAAUCAAGACCUCACACAUAUUAAAUGCUUUAUAAGUUCUCAUUUGCCACUAAUUCCAUGCUGCCUGAGUGCUAGAAGUUUUCCUCUAUUUCAGAUAGAUGCUGAGUUGCUGUCACUGCUUCUUGUUCAGUUUAAUAUAGAAACCAAAAUCUCUAAAAACAACCUCUCAUUCACUGCAGACUUGUCACAUAUGUGUAUGUAUACACAUACACACACACACACACACACACAUUCAGGCAUAUCUUUUGUACUGUUGUAAAAGCUUAUGACUAUUUGGGGGAGAUUAUAUAUAUAUAUAUAAAGUUUGGGUGAUCUACCAUAAUUUCUUGCUUGAAAAUGGUACUAGAGAAAAAUCCACAGUAUGAGUGGACUUGGCUGGUUUUAUUCAACAUUAAGGAAAUUUCAGGAUAACAACACCAAUAAACUCUCCGUUGAUGAAAGGGUUUUGCAAAGAGAAGCAAAAUUGUCUAUAUAUAAGAAAUACUUGGAGAGAAGUUGGGUAUACCAAUGAGGCAGUAUAUUGAAGACAGUAUAUGAAAUGGUUAUAUUUUUCUCUUCUUGUAAUAAACAUGAACUGAUUCCCUUUAAGUAAUGCUGAGCUCUUCUUUAUCAUAAAACUUAGCGUGAAUUAUGAUAAAGUAGCACGAUAGGCCAGAGUAUUGAGAUGAUAGAACCGACUGAUGAAGCUACACAAAUAAGCACUGUGCCUACCAAGCAACAUAGCAUUGCUGACCUGCAUGCUGUCAUGCACAAAUGCUGACUUGAUUAUACAUUUUUUUCUAAAACACACUUUGAAAUUAUCUUUUUAUAUUCCAGGAUCUGAGGUCUUAGGUUUUAUGUGUCAUUAAGUGAAAAAAUAUGAAAAUAAUAAAUAUUGAAGUAAAAAAAUUAUUUGUAUUUAUAUUGUUUCCUUUAUCUAGAACUUAUAGAUAAUAUGGUAUUUGCUUUGUUGAUUUAAAUAUUUUGGUGGGGGUUGGUUAGGAGGGGGUUGGACUUCUGUGUGGAUAAGGAAGAAAGAGACAGGAGGUACAAUAGAUGUACAAUAUCACUUUUGCUACCAAACAGUAAAAACAUCAACUACCACCACCUAUAAAGGUACCAGGCAAACGUCGGAUGACUGGAGGUUAGAGUGAAUUAAUCCUUAGAGGUCACACAGAGUUCUUAUUAAAAAUGGGGGAAAAUUAUGUUACCAGACUUUUAAGAAAAAAUCAAGUCUUUAAUUUGAUGGUGUUAUAGCUCCAAGAUAUCUAAAACGCAAAUAGCAAUAUUAUGCUGCCCCCUACAGUCUAUUAUUAUUUUCUCAAUUCAUUUGUUUUUUUCUUUAAAGAAAUUAACGUUGUUAUUUGAGCAUAAAAGGAACACGUUCAUGGUAGAAAAAUUUUAAAAUACAUAAAGCGUGUAGAUGAGAAAGUAAAAAUUCUUUUAAUAACCUUUUUUUUUAAAUUAAAGGCAUUAACUUUAAUUGAAUUUAAGAGAAGAAAAAACUAGGUGAAACAAGAAAUUGCUGUACUUUGUUUUCUUCAUAAAAAGAGCUAUUUGUUCUCAAGAGAUUUCUCUAAAAUUAAAAGAGUAGAUAUUAAGAGACUUUCAAAUAUUCAUUUCUAAUUUGGCAUAGUUUAGAUUUCCAGUUAGUAAAAUUUAGAGGAAUUUAGAGAAAAAUGAGAUACCUCUACACACCCACUAUAAUAGUCAAAAUUAAAACUGACAAGUGUUGGUGAGGAUAUGGAAAAAUUGAAACCCUCAUACAUUUCUGGUGGAAAUGCUAAAUAGUACACCUACCUUGGAAAAGUUGAGUUUAAAAGUGCUUUAUAUAUUCUGGAAUAUACAUAUGUAUAUGUAUAUGUGUAUAUAUGUGUGUGUUUUUCUAAAAUUAUUUUUAUUUUACUUUUUAUACUGCGACAGUUAACAAAAAGGAAGUUUUAUUGAGGCUCCAGUGCCAUGGGGCUCAGGUGGAAGGCCACCUGGUGAGGGAAGGAGGAGCCCAUGGAGGGGCCUUAUUUGACUUUCUCCUUGGGACACAGGUGGUUGGUGUGACCACACUUGUGACAGAUGAUAGCAUGGGGUUGCAGGCAAACAUAACACUUCUGGCUGAUCUUGUUACAGUUGUAUUUGUGGGUGAGCUUGUGGAAGGAAGGCUUGAUGACGCCACUCUGCAGGUGAAGUACCAAGUGCCGGUGGACUCUGGGAGACAGGCAUGAGAGUUGGAGAGGGGCAGCCACUGAACCUGGCUCCAGCACCUCAGUUGCAGGGGAGGGCCCUACAGGAUCCUUUAGACCAGAGCUGCUCAAGUGUGAUGAAGACACCAUGUUAGAAUCCCUUGUGUGUUUUACUAGUAAACGGACACAGCAGCCCAGCCUGCCCCACAGAAUCUCCAUCUCUGCCUUUCCCACUCUUAUUAGAUAACAUGAUUUGCAGAUAUUUUCUCCCAUUAUCUAGGUUGUCUUUUUACUUUGUUGAUAGUCUUUUGUUGCUCAAAAGU